AUGACAUCAUUUCAUGCGAAAGAGCUGAACUUGACGGUGAUCUUCAAUGAAUCAGACAGUCGCGAUCUCAAUUACGAUUUUCAGAAGGUCGCCAUGUGUGCCCCGCUGGAAUCACAGUCCAUCCGAAUCUUGAUGGAGAAGUGGAUGGACACUGCGAAGGAAAAGAAAUGCGAUUCUGACACUUCGACAUGUCUUCCAGGAUACACUUAUGGAUUAUGUUGUGACACUGCUCAAUUGGAUGCCUAUUCCAAUGAUAUGCUCGCCGAAUGCCCGAAUGGUCUGAAAUUGAGAUACACUGAUCCUGCUCUUCCAUGGUACGCUCAUGAUAUGCGAGUCGUCGCCAAAUCAUGCGACGUUUUGCAAUGCCCAGCCGGAUACCAUUGCCACACCGGCCUCCAUUUCGCAUAUUGCUGUCCAAAUUAA